AAGGAAUAGCAAAUACAAGCAGAGCGAACAACACUCGGGUCGUUGAGAAUGAAGGAGAAUAAACUGAUAGCCCUAGGGUUCGAGGGUUCCGCCAACAAAAUAGGGGUAGGAGUAGUAGCAAUCGACGGAACAAUCCUUUCUAAUCCACGCCACACAUACAUUACCCCACCUGGCCAUGGUUUCCUCCCACGUGAAACUGCUCAGCACCACCACCAACACAUCUUACCCUUAAUUCAAUCCGCCCUACAAACCGCAGGAGUAACACCCCACCAAAUAGACUGUCUCUGCUACACUAAAGGCCCCGGUAUGGGGGCCCCACUCCAGGUAUCCGCUGUGGUUGUACGUGUUCUGUCUCAGCUGUGGAAGAAACCUAUUGUCGGGGUCAACCAUUGUGUUGCCCACAUUGAAAUGGGUCGGGUUGUGACCGGGGCGGUUGAUCCGGUUGUGUUGUAUGUGAGUGGUGGGAAUACUCAGGUGAUUGCGUAUAGUGAGGGACGGUAUAGGAUUUUUGGGGAGACGAUUGAUAUUGCUGUCGGGAAUUGCUUGGAUAGGUUUGCUAGGGUUCUUACUUUGUCCAAUGAUCCUAGCCCCGGGUACAACAUUGAACAGCUUGCAAAGAAAGGGGAAAAGUUCAUUGAACUUCCAUAUGUUGUAAAAGGAAUGGAUGUGUCGUUCAGUGGAAUACUGAGCUACAUUGAAGCCACAGCUGAGGAGAAGCUGAAAAAUAAUGAGUGCACACCAGCAGACCUUUGUUUCUCUUUGCAGGAAACUCUGUUUGCGAUGCUUGUAGAGAUUACAGAACGAGCUAUGGCGCAUUGUGAUAAGAAAGAUGUGUUAAUUGUUGGUGGUGUGGGAUGCAAUGAGCGCUUGCAACAGAUGAUGCAAAUUAUGUGCUCUGAGAGGGGCGGCAAGUUGUUUGCAACUGAUGACAGGUACUGCAUUGACAAUGGAGCAAUGAUUGCUUAUACUGGUCUCCUAGAGUAUGCGAAUGGUACAUCAACUCCAAUGGAGGAAUCAACAUUCACACAACGGUUUAGAACUGAUGAGGUCCUCGCAACUUGGAGAGAGAAGGAAUCAGCAAAAGCAUGAAUAACCACUAGGUGUAUUACAUUGAGGUGAAGAUGUAAAUCUUAUUGGCGCCUUCGUUUUGUUACUCUUUCAUGGACAACCCGUGUGACUGUAUUGUACUAUAUUUAUCUGCCCGCAGUGGCUUAUAAUGAGUCAACUGUAAGGCGUACAUGAACAGUUUUUGUAUUAGUUAUGUAUUUCGAGAAGAUUAUGGUAACAUGUUUGUUACAUACAUUCUUAAUACUGGAACUGCCACUACUUGAGCCC